CCUGUUUCCCAUUUACUCCGGAUGGUGCUACCGGAAAACCACAACCGCACUUACCUUCAUUGAUACCAUGCGUUGGCGCUCUACCUGAUCCGCGCACAGAAAAACAAAAUACAAACGUACGUUAAAAGGAUUUCCUUUGCGGAAAAAAAUAAUUUUAAAAACGAUACACAUCAUGCUUGGCUCGGUUAUAUUGCUCAGUCCUUAAGAGCAGAAUUAGGUAAACAGGCUUUCAUUUCGGGUGAUUAUUUGAGAGCUUUGCAUAUGAUUAUCUCUGGUGACGACGAACCGGAGGCCUACCAUCUGUGGAGUAAAUACAGGGGGAGAGCGCGUGCGACUGUUUACCAGUGAGUUUCGAACUAGACGGCCAGCACAGAGCGUGGAGCUCGACUGAGUGGAACUUGACUACGUCUGCAGUCACCGUCGUCGCUAAUCGGCCCGCUGCGCGUCAGCAUGAAAGGAUUGGAACCAAACUGGUGGUGUGGACUGAUGCGAACGGGGACCAUGCAGCCCUGGACGAGAGCCCGCUUCGACGAGAAAUCUUAUUACACGCGCUGCGUGAAGAUGGGUUGUGAAGACGAUAGCAACGGGUGGUUGGAUCUCGAGGAGGCCGAGUACCAGUCUAAAUGCAUCUACGUCGUGAACGACAAGCCGUGCGAGGGAGACCCCGACGGGUGUCGGGCCGCCGCCUCCUUGCCUGCAAAUCUCAAAUACAUAGAGAGGGAUGGCCAGAUCGUGGGCGUGAUUGCUGGUGAUUACAUCCCACGAGGGACACGAUUCGGACCCCUGGUCGGGCAGAUCUACAGGGAAGAGGAGGUUCCACGAGAGGCAAACCGGAAAUACUUCUGGAGGAUCUACAAGGCGCAGAAGUUCAUCCACUACAUCGACGGGUUCGACCCCCACAAGAGCAACUGGAUGCGGCACGUGAACCCGGCCAACUCGGCCUGCGACCAGAACCUGGUGGCCUGCCAGUACGAUACGGACAUCUACUUCUACACGGUCAAGCCGAUCCGGGAAGGCACCGAGCUGCUGGUGUGGUAUUGUAAGGAGUUUCAGCGCCGACUGGAACAGCCAGUCGUCAUGGAGAUGGGGACGGCCGAGGGCGGGAAAGGGGCCAGCUCGAAAAUGACCAGUGCCUCCCCUGUUGACGAGCCCAAACACGACGAAGCACUGGACUUCAGCAUGACCUCUCGAAACACCUCAUCGGGAAAAACAACGGCAAAUGCAGCCACGAAAGCCACCAGCCUGUCUUCUGCGACGGUCGUCGCCGCCGGAUUUCCGGAGAGGUUCUCGGCCAAGCGCCCGGCCGCCGUGCCGGGCUUCGGCCAGCCCAUGACGAGCCCACAGACCUCCCCCGUGCAGACCGGAGCUGGCGGCGCCAUGCCCCAGAGCAUGGCCGAGUUGAAGCCGCAACCUGCCCAUCAGAUCCCCAAGCACAUAGCAGAGGCGGCGAGCAAAGCCGGGGUACUCAUCCCACAGCCUAUACCCAUGCACGUGGGUCGCCACCAAGGUCUACCCUUCAUCAUGCCCCCGUAUAUAUACAAUCCUCUUCUAGUAAGAACAACUUUGCCAAACGGAAUGAACAUUAUUCCAACCCCAUCCAUUCUCGCUACCCACGGCUUUGAACCCCGUCUCUCCAAGUCAGACAUCCGAGGCAAUACGUCACCCAAGGACACCAGUCCCCCGACCACUUCACCUCCCGGAACCACCGCGACACACCUGGGCAAUAUCUUCCCAACCGGCGUGGCGAAUUUCCCACUGCCCAUCUCCUUCGCGGAUGCCCACUCCCAGUCUAAGUUCAAACAGGAGUCAGGAAAGGAAGUCGAGUCAAACCAAGCUUUCAGCAAAACGUCGACUCGCAAGAGGCCGGUGGGCAACACGGAGUACGGCCACAAAUCUCUGGAGUAUCAACUGCCCAGGAGGAACGGCAAGAUCAUGUACGAGUGCAACGUGUGCCAGAAGGUCUUCGGUCAGCUCUCCAAUCUCAAGGUGCACCUGAGGGUGCACAGCGGCGAGCGGCCCUUCCGAUGCGAGGUCUGCAGCAAAGGCUUCACCCAGUACGCCCACCUGCAGAAGCACCACCUCGUCCACACCGGGGAGAAACCUCACCGGUGCAAUGUCUGCCAGAAGUGCUUCAGCAGCACCAGCAACCUCAAGACCCACAUGAGGCUCCACAACGGCGAGAAGCCGUACACCUGCAAGCUCUGUCCGGCCAAGUUUACGCAGUAUGUCCACCUGAAGCUGCACCGGCGAUCACAUCUCGAGGAGGGAUACGUCUACGACCCUUCCAGGGAGACCAAUCUGUCCCCAUCCCCUUCCCCGUCUCCCCCGUCUUCCACGGGUUGUCCAUCGCCGGCCAAGAAGAUCAAGACUGAGCUCCAGGGCUACCAGAGUCACCUGGUGAGCACUGAGGUCGCCGACUACUUCGGUCAGACCGGGCAGAGGAGCCCCACACAGGCUACCUGCAGCAGCGCGGAGAACGAAGCGUUACCCGAGGGCUCCAGUGCGCAAGGUACCGGAGCGACGGGCUCUCAGCCCGAGGAACCGCCCAUCCCGAGAGCUAUGGUUGCCUUGAUGGCUGGAAGCCCCUCAUCUGUCCUGGGACUGGGGUCCCCCCCACCACUCGUGCCCAUCAACAGGGCAUCCCCAAGCAGCGAUAACGCCUACGAUAAACCAGACCAAUUCAAAACUUUCACCACGCUGCCCGACUGUUCUGACAAAGAUGGUGUGAGGAACGACGAAGCAGUCUCCGAGAGAGAUCAGAACAAAGAGGCGGUCAUCGGCGCGAAUACUACGGCGAACGUAGAGCUCCUGUCGGCUGACAACUCCAAAGACGACGGUGGUGACAGUCAGAGGGUUUUAGACGGAAGCAGCAAAAGUAAACGCGAAAGUAGUCCGACGGGACAAACUCAAUCGCAAGCGACUAAAAUCGAGAAUGUGGUUCAGAAAAUCUUGAGCAAGGCAGUGCAGAGUUAGUUGCGGCCAAUAUUGCCCUCGAUUUUCCCACACCAAGAACUUUGUAAUGUUUGCUUUUUGUUGCUCUGAGAAGAUUUCUAUACAGUGCAUCAGUGCGUUUGCAGUGCCUUCUCGUAAAAGGGUUCUUUGGAAAGUGUCUUGGUAUCUUUUGCUAUUGUAAUUUGCGCAACUCAGAUGUUUGAAAUCAUAUUGUGUAAUUUAUCAUUAUUCAUGGACUGAUUUUUAUAUUUCGGUGACAUUCCUUAUUUAUUGUUUAAGAAAAAUUAACUGACAUUAUCAAUUGUCUGUUCUUCUGAAAUAAUUCAUUAUUUAUUUAAUGAGUAAUUCCCCGAUAGUCUACGCAGAGACCAAAGAAAGGAUCAGUGAUUGACGUAUAAAUGGAUCCAGUAUUCCCAAAUUGAAUUGAAAAUGAUUAUAUACACGCUAACAUCAAGUUUGAUAUAACAAAGGUGAAAAUAUCCAUAGUAAUUUUAACCAGUUUGUUAAUUAUGAUAGACAGGUAUUCACAAGUGUAGACAUUAAUUUCAGAUAUAACAAACACUUAUCUUUAGAUAGACGCAGACUUGAUGUAAUUAUGCAGCCGAAGGCAGAAAGGGGCUGAUCGGUGCCUUCCUGAAAGCAUUUGAAACUUUUCAAAGAUUGCGUUCCACUUGAUUUCUUAAAAUUUCCGAUUAUGUGGUUUUUUUUUAUAUAUAUAAUCGAUACAGUCAGUGUUUGAGCAGCAGUACUAUUCAUCAUUCGUUUAAUGGAUGACGCGGGAUCAUUUCCUUAACAUAUUGAACUCGCACGUCGAGGCACCGAGUCCGAGCUUGCAUGUGCAUUAGUUUUGAUAUAAGUUGUCCGUAUGGCAGAUUUUUUACAAGCAAAUGUGAUAACUUGAUUGCUGUGGAGUCUUAUUUAUAUACUUGCGGGUGUAAAGGAGCGUCAGUUCUUGCGCACUAACAAGAACUCCCGAUUUCAACAAUGUCCCAAAGUGCCGUUUCAUUUGAACUGGUAAAAUACGGCCGUUUCACAACAGUGCGCCACCAAGAGUUUGCAAUGCGUUGGCCAAUCACAGUGCGCGAAAAUUGCCGACCCAAUGCACAUUUAGAAAGGGUCGACAAAUUUCGCCCGUUUUGAUUGGCCAACGUGUUGCAAACUCUUGGUGGCGCAAUAUUGUGAAUCGCCCGUAUUGACAGUGCGCUAUUAAGGGAGCAAAGUAGUGAAUUCUGCGUUUGGUUUAAUUGGUUUCAUUUCGUCUUUUCGGUUUCAUUCCCACCAUAAUAUCGCGCACGUAAUGAAAGUAUACACAGAGCUCACCAACACCGUUUAGUGUUUCGCUAUUUGUACAUUUCAGACUUUGAUGUUUUGUUGUUUACAUAUCUAUGAACAUCUGUGCUUCACAUCAAUUUCAGCGUUUCUCACAUUUUGUGCUGGAAUAACGUCAAUGGACGUCCUCAUUGGUUGGAACUUUGUAGUGGAAACAUGUACAUGUGUGCACGUGUAGAUUCCGUAUGCUCGCUUGUUUAGAGCAAGAAAAAGGUAUUUCCAGACUGUUGAUUUGUUUUAGCAUACAACCAAGUAAGAUAAGUCAAGUAUCACUUUAAGAACUCAGCUUUGUUAGCAUUCCAAGCUUGUCUUUUUCCCUCAUCAAAACAAAAUACUCAGAUGAUUGCAGCUGAAUAGCUUUUAAAAAACAAAUCCAAGGCAUGAAUGUUGAACAACUGUGAAUCUGUGCUGUUCCGACCAGGAUUACAUUGCAUUUGGCAACUGCACACACCCACACUUUUUUUCAUCACUGUACAUUUUAUGAAAAAUAUUAAUGGUUGCAUAAUAGGGCUCAACAGCCGGGCUUUCUCAUCGCCACAGAUGGAUCGGAUCUGUACUCUGAAAAACCUUUCCAACAACAUGUUCAAAUAAUUGUGACCAUUUCGGCACUAGUUUACUUUCUCCUUCAAUUUCCAAUCUGAUAAUACAUGCCUUAAUCAGUGAAAUAUAAUGCAUAUGCUUGACCUGCCGGUGUUAGCAACUGCAUUUUCAAACUGUCUUGGAGGUUGAAAUGAUUCCAUUGUGCCUAAUAUUUAUUAAAUUUCUCAUCAUUCAGAGUAAUGGUUA